AUGGAUGACCAAGAUGCAUGUGCCAUAAAUUUGACAGUUGAGAAACUUGGUGAGAGAACUCUCUCUUUUAGAGUUGAAAAUAAUGACAACAUUUUCAACUCUCAAAAAUUUGAGGCAGGUGUAAAAACUAGUUCAAUUCUUGAUGUAUCAUCAUCAAAAUUGUCAAAGAGUAAUAAUAGUACUAGUAAUAAAGGGGUCGAGUCUCUACCAUUUAAUGACUCAUGUGUUAUAACGCCUAUGGAUUCGAUGGAUCCUCACGAGGAAGAAACUACUUCAAUUCUUGAAGUGUCAUCAUCAACAUUGCCAGAGAAUACUAAUAAUAGUACUAGUAGUAACGACUAUCUACCUUUUAACGACUCAUGUGUUAUAAGGUUAUCGAGUUCGGAGGAUCCUUAUGGGAAUAUCAAGAAGUCUAUGGAAAGAAUGGUUGAAGCAAAUCAAGGGAUUAAAUCUUGGGAGGAGUCUCUUGAAGAGAUAUGUGCUUGGUAUUUGGAGAUUAAUGAUGAGAAAAACAUUCAUAAGCAUAUUAUUGGUGCAUUUUGUGAUUUAUGGAUGAUCUAUUCAAGUACUUCCACAAAAAAUACUCCAUUCGGAUUUAGUUCCAGUGAACCUCCUAGUCCUUAUUUUAUGUCUUUGAUAGAAGAUAAGGCUGAUCGGAUUAUUGCAGCAUCAAUAUCCAGUGUAAUUCCAUAA